UCAGCUGUGAAAUCGUGUUAUUGUAGAACGCAGAAAUUGUUCCUCACUUUCCGGCAGAUUUUCUACUUAUUUUUUCCGAUUUUGAAACGUAAAAGUAGAGAAAAUUAAUGUGAAAAUGUCAUAUUGUGAAUUGUUUCUAUGCAGAUCGACGAAUAGGUUUUGAAGACAUCGUGCGUUUUUCAAGUAGUUUGCAGCUUCAGGUACUUCAUUUUUGAUCAUCAGUCUUCGCAAGAAACAAUGGAUGAAAAUGCUGCGAAAGAUUGGAAAAAUUCACUGGAUUAUUUGUCGAGUCUAGUCAAUUCAGUUCAUGUUCCAAAAUUGGAUUUGAAACUCACAAAUAUUCUUUCGUCCAGCGAAUACAAACCAGAAUAUGACGAUUUGCUGAGAGAAAAUUUACAAAUUGUUGUACAGCUGGUGAAAAAAUUUACAAAAGAUGUCACACUUUGUAUAGACCUUUGUCGUGUUUUUUUCACCAUCGUGUCUUGCAAAUGGCCCACCGAAAUAGAAAAUUUCGUCAUUCACGAACGCGGUUCAAGUGAAGAAUUCGUGUCGUUGUUGAACGAAUUUGAUUCCGAGCAUAUUGUAUUUUUAUACUUGGGAGCGUUGACUUUCAUUAUCGAUUUCAAAUUGGAAUCAUUCGAUGAUAAUGUUUUCAACAUUAUUGAUUCGAAAUCAGUCGGAGAAAUCGAAAGCUUGUUGGCAAACGUGGAAAAUGUAGAUAUUGUGGUGAAUUGGGCCGAUGUCUGGGUCACGUUGUUAUUGAAAGUUGAAUCAAAUAGACCUCGGCUUCGGAGAAAUGAUGUAAGAUGUAUUUUGAAGUCACUCUUUUCUGUGAUCAUCGCUUAUUGGAAUCAUAGCUUGGUGCAUCGUUCCCGAAUUGAUCCAAUUGUCUCGAAAUGUUUGCAAUUCGAGUACAGCUGUUUGAGAAACGAAUCCAGUCUUGGGUCUAUUAAAGAUUUGAUGGUGUUCCAAUACAUGAACGAUAUCUCGUGGAAAGUUCCAUUCAAGUAUUUUGUUUGCCGACAUUUAUUAUGUUUUGCUGUUUCGCAAGAUUUACUAAUCGAGGUCACUGAUGUAAUGAAAGAAGAACUUGCCGAAGGAUUCGCUAAAAGUCUGCGAAACAAAAACGUUGUCGGAGUGGAAAUGGAACUUUUUACAUUCUGUCUGAAUCAUUUCCCGUAUGAUGAGUGGAAAAGUAUCAUAUUUCCUGUUACGAAUUUCGCUUUGCAAGACACAUCUCGAUCUAAUUACUUCGCUCGAUGGUGGUUACCCCAAAUUUUGCGAAAGUUUCCCGAUUUCGUCGAGCUCUUGGAUAAAAAUAUUUUCGAAAACAAACACAGUCGUUCCAAAGUACUGGUAUCUUCGUUAAAAACAUGCUACCUUCGUAAAAUACCUUUAGACGCGAUUAACCGAAACGAAAUCGAAUUCAUAAAUUAUCUAAAAAGUCUAUUUUGUCUGGGAGAAGAUAUUCGAGGUGAGGUAUUUUCAUUGCUGUGCGAACUUCACGACCAAUCUGUUCUGCACAGCGAGCUCGAAUUGAGCGCGAUUUUCUCGUUUUUAAAAUACAACGUGAAUGGAAAUUGCACGUUGUUGAGGCAAAUGAUGCUUUCGUCGUUUUCAAAAUUCAUCUUGAGAUUGAUAUGCUCAUGCGUGCGAGUGAUCAAAAAGCAAAAAACCGAGGCAGAAUCGAAACUCAACCACGUGAUGGUAUUUUUACGCAACCUGAACGAUUUCAUAGCCGACGGAAUGCAACCUGGGUGCAGUUACCAGCGUAAAAUAGCCUCGUUGAAUCUGCUGAAAAUCAUUAUGACUUACGCUGUUCACGAAUGCGAAUCGUCUAUCCAUCGUAAUAACCUGAAAGACGCCGAUAAAUUCGUCGAUUAUGUCACAGAAAAACAAGCUUGGAGAUUUGACUGCGACACGAAUCGUAAAUUGCUAUUCAAUUGUUUGAUGGAUUCGUGCGAUGAAGUUCAACAUAUGGCUGCGGUGUUGCUGAGAAGUUACUUUUUAUUGGAUCGAGUCCCGGAGCAGAUUUUUGAAGACGCUGUUCGCGUAUCCAAUGAUAAUAAAUUUUAUAAGAGAAGUAGCGGAUACAGAUCGGUUGUGAGCUGUAUUGCGAUGGCGUAUAAAUCGUUCGAAAAUCCUUGUCAGCAAUUCGGUAUCGAGAUCAGUUUUCGACAGCAUUUUCUGGAGUCGUUAGAGAAGAAAAUAGAGAUCACAGAGAAAGAUAUCUUGAACGCUGCCGUGAAUUUUCCUUGGGAUGCUGAUGUGAGGAUACUGAAUUUCUUGAUGAAUAAUUCGCAAAGCCAGGAAUUCCACCAAGUUACUCAACCAGAGGUCGAUAAAUUGAUCACGUUGUUGGAGAGAAUCGUACCGGUACUGUUGAAAGCGUUGUUCGUCGAUAAAUCUGCAGAUUAUGCUCCUUCUUUUGAGGAAUCAGAUUUAGCCUUACGUAUGUUGAUCAAAAACUCUGUCAUUAGCGAAUCGUUUCGAGGUGACGAAGAAGAAGAACGAUGUCAACUUCAACCUUUGAACCAGCUAUUGCUGAAUUUCAUCUGGAUUACGUUAAAGGUCUGCAGCGAUUUGGAAAGUACAUUGGUGGUGAACCGAACGAGCUCCAUGACCGAAUCCCAAGUGAUCAGAUGCUGUAACCUGAUCGCCAGCAAAUUGAAGCUGUGUCGUCACAAAGGUCUCAUUGAAGCGGCCGGUGUUUCUUUAUCCAGUGUUGUCAGAUGCUUGACGUCGCAGAAUUUGUACGGAUAUUGGUUUGAAUCGGUGAUAUCGGAGAUCCUGUACAUGAUCGAGUUCAAAAGUGGAGCUACAAUAUCACGUAAAUCUGCCGGACUUUCUAUUCUUGUGCAGAAUAUCAUCGGAAAUGAUAAACGACCUGAUAAGCCAUUGAUUGUCAAAUGCUGGAAAGAAUUCAAGAGGAUUUUGAACGUAGAUUACGAUUCGUUAAAUAUAGCAGAUGUAUUUCAAGAGUUACCCCAAACGCACGCUCUUCAUUUGUUGAAAGUUAUCGUCGCCGAUGCCCGGAAUAGUGUAGAUUUGUUACCAUAUUUAGAAGAAAUAACCACCAUUUGUUUGACUGCCUUGAAAGCUCCCGUGUGGGUGAUUAGAAACGCCGCCUUACAGUUAUUCGGAAUACUUGAGCUGAAAAUCGUCGGCCAGCGAAACCCUGCUCCUACGGUAGGCGUUCGAUUCUCAUUCGAAGAAGUUUUCUUCACCAUGCCCAGAAUACUAGACCACUUAAUCGUGACUUUGGAACAAGCUACUCAUCAAUCCGACGAAUCUAUCCCACAUUCCGACGUAGCUCCUGUACUGGUAAUAUUGGCUGGUCUCAGAUUAACCAGCGUCAUCAUUUUGAAAGAUCCUGUUCUUCAAAAAGUCGAAAAAUGUCGAAAAUUAAUCGAGAAGUUACUCAGCAGUGAUCUAUAUGCUGUUCGAGAACUAGCUGCUAAAGUUGUGUUGAAUUUACACAGUCCUAAAGAAAUACUCUCGAGGGCAGUCUGCAUAGCUAACGGUGUUAUCAAAUACGUCAAGUGUAAAGAAGUUCUUUUGGGCGAGAAUCACGUCCACGGAUAUUUAUUGUUGCUGAAACAGAUCUCCGAUGUGUAUCCCGAAUCCAAAGAUAUAAUCGAGGGAAAUCGAGUCGAUUUGCUGGAGUCUUUGAACGUGUCGUUGGUCUCACAAACGUUACUAUUCGAUUUAAAUAUGGUGAACGUUGAAGUCGUAUCGUUGGAUGAUUUACUCGAGCAUGUUGGAAAUGUGAUCAACGUGGUGGAAACCCAUCGGUAUCUGAGUAUUGGAUACUAUCAGUGGCUCAAUGCCAUUUUCAGAGUACUGAUGAAAAAUCACAAACCAUGUGAAGUCGUUGAAAAAUGUUUAAAGCGUCGGCAUCGUGGUAUUUUGAUGGCGUCGUUGGAUGUCUUGUUAGAAUGCGAAGUAGACGAGUCGAUUUUUCCUGUUUUAUUGAAAUGCCUGAAAUAUUACAUCGAAGUAAAAGAUGAAGGUGCCAUGAACCGUAUCUUAACCACGUUUGCUGAACUCCAUAAACCACGUUUCAAAGUCUCGUUUGACGAGAUAUUUUUCAAUAAAUACUUCGACGUAUUGAAAGAAUUGAAUUAUUAUUAUUUUCAAGGCGUCAACGUCCAUUUACUGGGAAUCUCUGUGGCUAAUUCGGGUCACCGGAUUGACGAUAUACUGCUGAGCAUACACGAAUGUUUGGAUAUUUCCAAGUAUAAUAAAAAUAUAAGACUGAACGCAGCCUUCGCGAUGUUGAACUUGAGUUCGAUACUGAAUCGAAUCGAUAUAAAUAUGAAAUUAAUAUGGACCAUACUGGUGGAUUUGGUUCAAGAUGAAGAAUCUGAUAUUCGAAGCAUCGGUAGUAACUGUUUCGUGAACAUUUUCAAUAUUGGUAUUGAUUACGGUCCUGAAGUAGCCAUGAACGAGCUUUUUAAUGUAAACGUUGUCUUGACGAGGUUAAACACGAACGAGUUCGUUGACCUGUUGUGGAAUAGAUUAAAGGUCGCCGGUUUCGAGCAAAACGAGGCGUUCGAUGAAGAAGAACUUAAUCCAUUCGAUCAAGGUAUAAUCAACUGCUACGCCGAAGAAGUGAAAAUCAUCAGAUUGGCGGGAGAUACGUUGAUAGAUAUUUUUGAACUGGAUUCGAACGUUUGUAAGGAGUAUUUCUCGAGUUCGGUAGUCGAUGAGUAUUUCAGUUCGCGGACUAACGAUGUUCUAAAAAAUUAUAAAAGAUAUUGUAACGAAUAUCUUGUUAAUUCUGACGAUUAUUUAUUAGCUUUGAGAUGUUAUUAUUUGUUGUAUGUUUUUAAAAAAGUGAAGUAUUGUGUUCAAAAUGAGAUAAACGAAUGUGCUAACGAUUUGAAAAAAAUAUUACGUUUUUGAUACUGGCUGUCCUGUCUCGGUUUCUUUUCUAUGAUCAUUUGCCUCAUGAGUACGUGGUUUCGAUUUUUUGUAUCUUUUUUUUUUUUUUUUUUUUUCUAUAAAUUAUCCAGUGUUCAAAUAUUUUUUUUUUGUAUUUUGUUGAUGUUUUUGUUACCUUUUUUGUGUAAUAAAUUUGUAUUACUUUGAACAA